UUUUUUUUUUUUUUUUUGUUUGAUUUUUUGUUUUUGCCAUUGGUGUGUGUGACCAUGUCAGCACAGCAACAGAGUGGCGUCGUGGACGAGCAGCUCAUCCCAAUUGACAUUGCAUACAAUCGGUUGCUUGAGUGGCUCGUGGAUCGCAAGCGCAUCGUGCGAGAGUGGCAGUCGGAGCUGCCGGCCGUCCAAGCCAAGAUCAGCCUCGCCAUCCAGGACAUGCCAGACGUCCCCGAGAUCACGUCAAUCCUACAAGAAGGAUCGUUCAUCAAUUACUUUCAUUGCGUUCGUAUUGUCGAGCUGCUCAAGGUUUCCGAGUCUGGCUCCAAGAACAUUUUCGGCCAGUACUCGUCAAAGCGCAUGAAGGAUUGGGUUGAUAUUGUCAAAUCGUACGAGAAGGGCUGGAUCUGCCUGGGCGAGAUUGCGCACGUCAUUAUUCAAAACGUCAACUACGAAGUGCCCGAGAUGAAGCGGCAGCUGACUCGCGCUCAGCAGCAACUCAAAGAACUCGAUUUGAAGGAGGCCUCACUCAUGUCUAGCGUUGCACAACACAAGGCAGCAUUCCAAGCAUCUUGCAAAGACCUCAAGAUCACUGGGCAAAACGUCACUUCCGAGUUGCUCGAGUUGGUCCACGAGCUCGGGCCGCUGUACAAGUCCAUCGUGGAGAUGGUUCGCCAACCGAAAUUCCGCCAAGCGUGCGAGCUGUAUCGCGCGUUUGUGCAGGCGACAUUUGCCGAAGGUGGUUCCGAGCAAGCAGCAGCGCGUCUGCCCAUGGCUGCAUUCCUGCAAGACAAGGGCAAUGUGACUGUCCACGAGCUCCGAACGGGCGAGCAUAUCGAGGUGGCGGAACAUGCUCCAGCAAAGUCUUCAGCCGCUGCUUUGGCUGCUCCAACAGAGCUUGCACAGGCGACAGAAGACGCAGCGGCGAUCGAUUGGGGCAGUGGAGGUGUUGAGGACGAUAUGGUGGUGCUUGACGAUGGUGCGGACAUCAAUUGGGAUGUGGUUGACGACGCCGGCCUCGCGGAAGGCAUCAUCUCGCUCGACGAUGUCUCAAACGCCGGUAUUGAGACGGUUGUUCAGGGUGACACUACCACUCAGACUGAGGCCCCAGUUGCCGACGCGGCUGCAGUGGCGAGCCUGGACUUGGCGCCCGAAGUUGUGACGGCAGAUGCGGCUUUCUCCCACGAAACUGUCUUGGAAAACACCGAGACCCGCAAUUCCUUUGUCAAUGAUUUGCUCGAGCUCCAAUCCUUCCUGACUCAGCGCGCCAGCGAGCUGGGAGCCCAGUCGACCGUGUUGGCCAUGCACAUGUUCGUGUCCGCAGCUCCGAUUCUUCAAGACCAGACUGCUUCGAGUGUUGCGGCAUAUCUCGCGUCUGUCCAAGAGCCCCUUCAACUACUGACAGCAUCACGAACGCAACAGCUUAUCUUGUUGAAGGCGUCUCCUCGCUACGUUGACCAUCUUGCCGAGACGCUGCUGCACGAACUCAAGGCGGCUCAACGCAUGCAGUCGCGCAUCAAAGACGUCGAAGCGCGCCGCGUUGAGGUUGGCUCGCACCAGGAGACCGUGCGACCAAAGCUAGCCCAGCUGAUUGCUCAAACCAAGGUUCUUCAAGCUCAGAUCGAGGGCGAGCUGUCACGUCAGUACAAUGGGCGCAAGGUGCAUAUCAUCGGUCAAAUCAACACAAUGUAGUACUGGGCAGCUUCUGUUUUCCAAGCCUGACAGCUGUUUGAAUAAAACAAUCUUACAGAAA